CUACGACAGCCCGUACCCUUACGACUAGGGCUAAGGCUAUGGACACACGCGAUCUGAACCUUUAAGAAGAGGAGGCUGUGGAUUCUGCAGGGGAUAAUCUUCAAUAUGAAAUUGAGAUUCGGAAAAACUUACGUCCUUGCUCGUCCGUCUACCUACACGGCAAUCAGAACAUACACACUAUUAACUCUACUGCGCCCUCUGCGUGAACCGCGAACGCCAAGAACGUUUAACAUGCCCAGGGAAGAACGUCGGGUAUCAUUCGGCAUCGGUGGUGCUGGCAACAUCCGAACACCGGAUGAAGCCGUACUACACGGUGCGAUCUCUGCUGCCGAUGCCGUACAGCGUCGCAAGAGUAGCCCCGGAGGUACAGGCUCAAGCUCGACCAAGAGCGAAGACAGUCGAGCAUCCAACCUGGCCCUCAGCUUCAAGAGCAUGUUUAGGAGAUCCCGGCAUCUACCACCGCCGGAAGGUCCCCAGUAGCCGCUCUUAAAUAUAUUUUCGCGAAUCGCAGACGGCACUAGAAAGGGUGAGACAACGUCACUCGAUCUGGGUUCUAAGCACACGCAAGGCGCCGACGAAAUUGGGGGAGUAUAAGCAAUUGGUUCUCCAGAGUCGGCCCGAGAUCUCUAUAAUCUACAUGACAUAUCUAAAAUAUGGGUUUUCCUUGUCCGUAAGAUCCUGAAAGGCGAGCUUAGCCCUUUCAGUCUCA